UUUAUUUUUGUCGACUCUGACGUCAAGAAAAUGCACGUUUCAUUCACCAGGCAAAACAAAGUUAUUUAUACAUCCAGUAGCUUGAGGUUGUGAUUCUUGCGCAGUGAAAGGAAUGCCGCCUAUUGGACUGAUCUAUUGCGUUUCCAUAACAAAAGCGACCAGCAUAAUGCGCUAUGGUGCAAGAGCUCUUAACCUAAACUAGGACAGUAUUUGAGAACCUCCGAAUAAAUUCAGGGUCUAUAACGAAGAACCAUUUGAAAACUUUUAUUUUCAUUAUGUUUCAGGGUAGGUAAUGAUAAAACAUUGGGGGCACCUUUGAAUAUGACAAGCCUGGAUCAGGGUUGCAGGUUGUGACUGCCUUUCACCACUGAGGGAGGGCGCUAUCUGUGGUUGUCUUGGCAAUGAUGGCAGACAUACUGGAGCUGCGGACAGACGGGAACUCGCUUCUGAAGGCGGUAUGGCUCCGACGCCUGCGGCUCACCAGGCUCUUGCUUGAGGGGGGUGCCUAUAUUAAUGAGAGCAACGAGCGAGGAGAGACACCGCUCAUGGUGGCCUGCAUGUCCAAACACAGUGACCCGCAGAGUGUCAGCAAGGCAAAGCUGGUCAAGUACCUGCUGGAUAAUAAGGCUGAUCCCAACAUCCAGGACAAAGCAGGCCGGACAGCCCUGAUGCACGCCUGCAGCCAGAGGGCGGGGCAUGAGGUGGUGUCCCACCUGUUGACCAACGGGGCUGACCCAAGUCUCGAAGACAGGAGCGGGGCUUCUGCUUUGGUCUAUGCAGUCAAUGCAGAUGAUAAGGAGACCCUAAAGGUUCUCCUAGAUGCAUGUAAAGCCAAGGGCAAAGAAGUAAUCAUUAUCACCACAGACAAGUCACCCUCUGGCACCAAAACCACCAAGCAGUACCUUAAUGUCCCCCCUUCCCCAGAGCUAGAGGAUAGGUGCUCCCCUGCAUUCUGCACCACUCCCUCUGACAUUGAGCUGAACACCUCCCCCUCAUCUAACUCAGCAGAGCAGCACAACACUAUCUUCAGUUUCCAGACAAAGUUGAAAACAUCAUCCAGCACAGCAGCAAAGCUUCCCAAUGGGCCAACCUCUCCCACACGGCGACCAGCCAACCCCAAGCGUGCUCGUUUACCCCAGCUGAAGCGUCUGCAGUCAGAGCCGUGGGGGCUGAUCGCUCCCUCCGUCCUGGCUGCAGCUGCGGCUCACGAGGAGAGUAAGAGAGCCACCUCUGAUGAGGUUGUCACAGGCGUCAAUGGACUUGCUCUGUCCAAGAGAUCGACCAUGUCUCGACAAAACAGUGUGGAUGGCAAGGAUGUGUUGUUCCCACAAAUGUCAUCCUCAUUGUCUGUCCCUCUAACUUCCAAAUCGGCCUAUGAGAGGUCUCUGUGUCAGCACCAGCCCCUGGCCCGGCGUAGCACCGUCCCUGCAGACCAGGACAGUAGCAGCAACAGUGUGCCAGCCAGCUUGAGAGACCCGGUCUACAGGAGACGGCUGGGCACUGACCACUAUGACUCAGACUCCCAGCUGUACUCAGACUCUUGCAUGCUCGACUCUCCUAAGGUUCCUCUAGAGAGAAGGAAACUCAACACAUCUCCGUUAGCCAUGCUGACCAGCUCCAGGGAGUCCCUAGACAGCAAUGCCAGCACGUCAUCUCCUAGCACAGCACGUCGCCGCGCACCAGGCCUCUUGGAGAGGCGAGGCUCGGGGACUCUGCUGCUGGACUACAUUUCCCAUACCCGGCCUGGCCAUCUACCCCCACUGAACGUCAACCCCAACCCUCCUAUCCCAGACAUUGGAGCCAGCAGCAAGCCCUCGUCCCCUCUUGCCUCAGGUUUCAUAUCAAUAGCUCCAGUAGCACCAAACUCACCAAAGAGAGGCCAGCUCAAGUCAAAAAAAAAACUUGUAAGGAGGCACUCUAUGCAAGUGGAGCAAAUGAAGCAGCUCUCUGCUUUUGAGGAGCUGUAGUGGACUCAUUGUUUGUAGAUGUAGCAAUGUUCACAACAUAAAAUAAGGCUAACAUUUCUAAAGGAAAUUUUGCUAAAUGGAAUUUCAACUUUUCCUCUUAGAAAACCAGUGGAACAUGGAUAUAACUUGCUUACCAGUAUAAAGUUGUAAAUGUUAUGGAUGCUCUUAGAAUAUUAGCACCACCUAUUAAAUGUUACAGGUUAGACACUAGCAACAUCUAAAGCAUGGCUCCUCUAACCGUGUUCCUGAAAAGCUACCCUCCUGUAGGGUUUCGCUAAACUGAUUCUGUGUAUCAACCAGCUAAUUAUUAGAAUCAGGUGCGCUAAAUUACAGUUAGAGCAAAAAGGACGGUAGCCCUCCAGGAACAGGGUUGGCUGAGAGAUAAAAAAUUAUUUGAAAAUCAUAACAAUUAUUUGACUUCAAGUAUAUGAAAAAUAAUCUUGGUCGGCACAUCAAAUCCCUUAGAUGUGCAAUCCUAAGAAAACAUAGGAGGUACAUGUAUAGCCAACAAGUCAUCUGGUUGUAUAGAACGUUGUUAUUAGUGCAACAUGCAGAUAGGGGGUAUGUUGUAGCUUUAGUAUUAAAUUGAGGUUGAUUGUUUUGUAGCAAACUUGUACACAGUGCCUUCCAGACAAAUUAUCGGAAAAGAGGGUGGAUCAAAAAGUAAUUUAUCGUUCAUAAUGCAACCACAAGAUGUUUUGUUUUAGUGCCGUUGGUUUAAUGCCCAAUAUGAAAGGCUCAGAGUAUAAACAAACCAUGUAUGACUUAUAUGCCUUAGCUAAGUACAAUUUAAGAGAUUACGUAAAUCAGCACUUUAUUAUCGUAGGUUUUAAAUUACCCAAGAGAAAAAUGUAUGUUGUUUCUCUAAAUGUUUUGUAGAUAUAGCACAUGUAUUUUCAUACAUCAGUUCCAGGACAAGACAACAUAAUAUGUGUAUACUACAAACGUACGUAAAUACAGACUUAGUGAACCUUGUUCCCCUAGAAUAGAAUUUACACUUAUGGCAAUUGAAGUAAAUGUUCAUACAGCUUCCAUGUAACUUAACUAUGAGACAUUCAUUCUGUUUAAAAGGCUCACGUUAACAUAUUUCGAUGCAUAGUAUUUUUGUAUGUAGUUUGCUGUGUAUUCUAAAUAAAUGUCUCUAAAGCAAAUGUUA